AUGGAAAUGAUAGAAAUGGUGGUUAGAGACACAGAAGAGCUGACUGACCGCAAAGUUUUAUCGGUUUAUUUAAGAGGACCACGAAUACGCGGUUUGAAUGAAGACGAAUCAGAUUAUGAUAUAACGGUUCUAACCAACCCAACGAAGAGGGAGCUUUUAACAAAUGUGAAAUUAGCGAAAAGUUGA